UGAUAUUUGAAAUAUUCUUUAAUUGAAUAUAAAUUUUAUAUGUACCCUGUUUAUAUAUGUAAUAUGUCUUAAUGUUUUUGAUUAGUUUUACUAGAGAAAAAGUUACUUUUUAAAAAUAUUGAUAAUAAGAACACAUUUUUAUUUUGACUUCUUGAUAUGUAUACUUAAAUUUAAUCGUUGGUUUAUGAAAAUAAAGAAAGUAAUAAGGUUUUCUUACAUAAAUAAAGCCAUAAAAAAUUGAAAUAUGCCUUUAAUAUCUGAAAAUAACUCUGAAAGUGAAAAAAUAUCACCAAGCUCUGUUAUUAUAAUACAUCCUGGAUCUCUUAAUUUAAGAAUAGGCUGUGCAAGUGAUGUUACACCACAUACUGUUAUACAUGGUAUUGCAAGAGCUCAAAAAAUUCAAGGAAAUGAUAGAAAAGACCAAAUUUUAACAAGUCUACCUCGAAAAAACUCUGACACAUUGGCAACAAUGGAAGAGAGUAGACUUCAAGCUUCCCAUAUGUUACAAUCUAGCUUGCAAUCUAAUGGAGAUCGGAGAUAUGCAACUCCUCCACAGCAAAUAGCUUCCUAUAACCGUAAAUCUGUACCGAAGCAUCUAGAUAUUCCACCAAAGCAAUACAUUAAACCUACUAGUGAUACAGUAUUUGGAGAUGAUAUUUUUAAUAUUGAUCCAUCCCUUAACUAUAAUAUUUAUUUUCCAAUAGUUAAUGGUGAUUUAAAUGUUACUGGAAAAAUAGGAGGCUCACUUACUGCUGUUUUAUCAGAUCUAGAAGCUAUUUGGACUUUUUAUAUUAAUAAUUUAUUGAAUGUUCCUACUUCUAAUUUCAAAAAUUACAGAGUAAUUUUGAUUAUACCAGAUAUUUUUAAUAGAAUUCAUAUCAGAGAAAUGAUGACAAUGAUAUUAACCAACAUGAAGUUCAAAGCUUGCAUACUUGUACAAGAUCAUGUUGCUGCAACCUUUGGAGCUGGUUUAGGUUAUGCUUGUGUUGUUGAUGUAGGCCAUAGAAAAACAUCGGUUAGUUGUGUUGAAGAUGGAAUAUCUCAACGCAAUACACGUAUAAGAUUGCAUUAUGGAGGAGCUAAUAUUACUCAAACAUUACAUUGGCUUCUUAAAAAGUGUGCUUUUCCAUAUACUGAAUGUAACCCAUUGACAAGUUAUUAUGACGCUAUUUUAUUACAACAAUUAAAACAAGAUUUUUGUCAUUUAAAUUUGGAUAAAUGUGGUUGCAUAGAAAAAUCAGUUACAUUAAAAAAACCUGCUAAGCCAGUUACGCAAUAUACAAUUCAAGUUGGUGAUGAAGCUAUGAUUGCAGUAUUGGGAGUAUUUAAUCCAACUUUAAUGGGCAUUACUGAUAACAACCAUUAUGUAAUUCAAGAAGGUUUUAAAUCAUUACCAGAAGACCCAUAUGAUGAAGAAUUUUUGAGAGAAACAAGUAGGAGAGGAACAGGUCGUGAAUUAGAAACAGAAACUCAAACUGAAAAUAGUAUAACACACAAUACAGAAGAAGAAAUAUGUGUUGAUCAAAUUGAAACAGCUGGAAACUACUUUGAUAUUGAGACUGGUAGACCUCAAAGCCUAGAUAAAGUAAUUGUACAAAGCAUUGAAAGACUUAAUUCAGAUGAUAUUAAACGAAAAAUGUAUAGUAGUAUAUUGGUUGUUGGAGGCGGAUUAAAAUUUGAAGGUGCAUGUGCAUGGUUGAAGAGUAAAAUAUCGCUAAAUGCACAACAAGUUUAUUACGGAGGUCACAUUGAAAUAAUUAACUCCCCUAAAGAUAUGGAUCCCCAAGUUGUUGCAUGGAAAGGUGCUGCCAUUCUUGUUGGUCUUGAAUCUUCUAUUGAACUUUGGAUCUCAAGAAAAGAAUGGUCAUUUUGGAAUAUUAGAAUCUUAAAAGAACGAGCCAUGUUCAAUUGGUAAUUUUAAAAUUUAAAAUUAUAUCAUAACACAAUUAUACUAGUCCAUUUUAUUGUAUAUAGUUGUAAAAUUUGAAUUAAAAAUAAUUUAUUUAAUUUUAUACUAUAAGAGACUUUAAGAUAGUUUUUUUAGAAUUUUACUUUUGUACCUUUCUUUUUUAAAUGAAAACAAGCAUCUUGAGGAGAGACUGCAUUUACAUGAUAUUUCUUUUGAUGCUUAACUAUGUUUAAUUUUUAAAUAAAUUUACUUAUUAUAUAUACAUUUUAUUUUUUUAUCUAAACUUACUUAUAAAAAAGAGUUAUUCAACUUUGAAAGCCAUUUGCACAUAAAAAAUAGGUUGUCGGAACAAAUUUGUUUUGUAACUUAUAAUAUGUAACAUAAGCUUUAAUUUACUUAUGUUUAGAGAACACAGUAUUUCUAAAACAUUUUCAGAAGUUAAUUUUUUGUCCAAGCCACUAUUUUAAAUUCAGAUUUAAGGAAAAAAAAUUUAUAUUGAUGUUUAUUUUUCAAAAAGUUAGAGCAUUAUUAAGUUAAAAAAAACCCAGCACAGGGGGGUUGCGGCACAGUGGUGACGUGGCAUAGUUGGAUCAAGUAUAAUGAUAUCUGACAGUGAUUAAAAUCACUAUCAAAAAUAAACGCUUCGAUGCAAAUCUUUAGAUAGUGUUUAAUUUUAAAAAAAUUGGUGUUUUAUUCCAAAAGCUACUUGAUCUGCUGGUUCCUUAUUAAUAUCUCGAUUAAGAUAAAGUAUGUCGAAUGAAAAAGGGUUUAUUAAAAAAUAUUAUUUCUCAUAAAAAAAUUGUGUGGAUCCAUAAACUUUUCAAUAAGUUAUAGCAUUAUAAAGUUAAAUAUAAUAUAAAUAAUAAAAUCGAGAAUUUUCACACGAAAAUAGCAUUCGGUAGCCAUUUUCGCCGUGAAGACAAGUCCAGAGGUCAAAUUUUUUUUUUUCAAAUUAAAGUAUAUUACAUUAGCUUUAAUUUAAGAUAUAUAUAAAAGUGUCAGACCUUCCGGAACAUUUUCAAAAGUUAAGUUGAAAAAGUUAAUUUUUUGUGAAAAAGUUGUCAUUUUAAAUCCCCCCCUGUGGGCAGAUAAAGUGUCAGAUUUACAAAAAAAAUAUACCAAAUGAUAAGUAAAGACAUCAAGCAUCUAUAUAAAAAAAAAUUAUAUUGAUAUGUUCAUUUUUGAAAAAGUUAGAGCAUUAUUAAGUUAAAAAUAUAAAAAAAAAUUAUUUUACAAAAAUCGUAAUUUUUUAUUAACUUUGAUGUCAACUUUCACCACGAAGACAAGUCCAGAGGUCAAAUUUUUUUUUUUCAAAUUAAAGUAUAUUACAUUAGCUUUAAUUUAAGAUAUAUAUAAAAGUGUCAGACCUUCCGGAACAUUUUCAAAAGUUAAGUUGAAAAAGUUAAUUUUUUGUGAAAAAGUUGUCAUUUUAAAUCCCCCCCUGUGGGCAGGUUAAGUGUCAGAUUUACAAAAAAAAAUAUACCAAAUGAUAAGUAAAAACAUCAAGCAUCUAUAUAAAAAAGAAUUAUAUU